GUGGAGGGUGGGACAUGCAUCGAAUAAAAUGAGAGGAGUUGUGUUGAUGUAAUUUUUUUUUUUAGUUCUGCAGGCUGCCUUCUGCCAGACACAAGUAAUGAAUUAAGCUCACAUUGUUAAUCGAUAUCAACAAUCUAUAUUUGAUGCCACUUUUAUAUAAAGACAAUGGUUACAGUGACAACAGUAGGACUCAGACAACGAAUGUAGGCGUUCCACAGCAUGUUAUUAGUACCAAUAGGCCAACCAGCCGUAGGAGGCGACGGUACUAUUCCGACAAAUCGUUUGCCUUACAAUAAUAGACAAAGGAAGCCCAGUUCUGACAGUGACAGUACGUCAACUGCUGACAAUUCUGACGGACCAGGAGCAGACGAAUACAAGUUCGUGGAAACCUCUCAUUCUCAAGAGGUACUUCUUGGUUUAAAUGAUUUAAGGAAUGAGGGAUAUUUCUGCGACGUUAGCCUUUCAGUUGAUGGUGUAAAGUUCCCAGCGCACAGAAAUGUUUUGGCGUCGUUCAGUCCAUAUUUUAAGGCUAUGUUUACCACAACACUGGCAGAGUCAAAGCAGUCUGUUGUGGUGGUGAAUGGUGUGGAGCCAUCCACAAUGGCACUGCUGCUGGACUACGCAUACACUAGCUCUGUCACAGUCACACGCAACAACGUCCAGUCUCUGCUCGCCGCUGCCAACUUGCUCCAGGUCCUCCCAGUCCGUGACGCUGCAUGUCAGUAUCUUGAAAGCCACAUGGACACAACGAACUGUGUAGGAAUACACUGCUUUGCAGAAACUCAUGCAUGCACAGAGCUGCAGGAAAAAGCUUACAACUAUACGCUCAAAAAUUUUCGUGAGGUCAGUCGUAGUGAAGAAUUUCUAAACCUCUCUGCAGCAAAACUGGUGGAAUUUGUGAGCAGUGACAACCUUGAAGUGGAGGGAGAAGACACUGUGUUCCAGGCGAUCAUGCGGUGGUUCAACCAUAGUCCAGAGCUCAGGAGGCAGGAGUUUCAUAAGGUUCUGGAACACGUUCGACUACCCCUCUUGAGCCCCUACUUUCUACAUGACUGUGUGGAAAGCCAGCCAGUGGUGCGGCAGUCUCCAGAGUGCAGAGCACUGGUCGAAGAAGCCAAAAUGUUCCAUCUCUUACCUGACCGCCGCUCCGAGCUGCAGACACCUCGCACACGACACCGCUCUUGUGCCGGCACAGUACAGGUGAUUGUCGCAGUUGGUGGUGAGGAUGACAAGGUUGUCUUGAGAUCAGUGGAAUGCUACAACCCGGCAUCGCACGAGUGGCGCACACUAGCGUGCUUGCCUUUUGCUGUCAGUAAGCAUGGUUUGGUAGCAUCUGGCAAGAAUACUCUCUACCUGGCUGGUGGAGAAUUCCCUGAUGGCAAUGCCUCUCGCUCUGUGUGGAGAUACGACCCAAUUCUUGACCACUGGCAAGAAAUGGCACCGAUGCUCGUGCCACGUUCAGAGUUAGGGUUAGCUAUGCUCGAUGGAUGUGUGUAUGCUGUUGGUGGAUGGGAGGGUUCCUUCCGCCUCGAUUCCGUAGAACGGUAUGAUCCAGAAAGCAAUUCCUGGCAGAUGAUAGCGCCUAUGAAGAUGGCUGUUACAAGUCCAGCUGUUGUAGCGCACGAAGGCAUGCUGUAUGUUACAGGUGGAGCUGUAUUGGAAGAUGGUGAUGGAAUUGAGUUAGUCCAGAGAUACGACCCAAGGACAAACACCUGGACAGAACUUGCACCUAUGUUAAUUCCUCGCAGUGGGUCUGCUGCUUGUGUUCUCGAUGGUCACAUAUAUGUUGUUGGAGGGUGGCAUGCAUCUACAGAGAACACCAACAAGGUCGAGCGGUAUGAUGUUCAAGCAAACUGCUGGGAAUUUAAGGCAUCGAUGAUUGAAAGAAGAUAUAGACCAGGUAUUGCUGUAAUUGAUGAGCACAUAUACGUCCUGGGUGGCGAAGAGGGCUGGGACCGCUACCAUGACACGAUAGAAUGCUACUCAGCUGUGACUGACACGUGGCAGCUGACGGGUGACAUGCCAACCUCUCGCUCCUGGCUCAGCUGUGUGUCUCUGCAGGUGAAGAAGUAUAAUCCGGUUAAAGAUGGAUCCUGACAGGUGUUGAAGAGGAAGACUAGUAUAAGACUGAAGAGUGAAUGAAGGUCCUUGGGUCUUGUAUCUCAAGUGCCUGUACUCUGCUGCCUAAGUACAGGUGUAAAAUUGACAGUGAUGAAUUGAAAUGCUUUCAAUACAGUAUUGCUGAAUUUAUUUCAUUGUAUUCUGUAUACAAUCUACUAACGUUUUUCAUCAUAUUGAUUGAAUAUUAGUUACCAAAGUGAAAUCGAGUAUGUAUCCACAGUAGAAUAAAUGAAUCUGUAAUGGUAAGAAUGAAAAAGUGCAUGCGCACAUCGCUCUAUUUAUUCUUUCUAUAUUUGUUAUGUGUUCUUGUCUGUUGUGGAAGAUUGUAUUAAUAAAUGCAAAAACUACAAUGUGUUGUUUGCAUUGUGCAAGCAAUGAGAUUGUUACAUACUUUUUUAUGUAAACAUUUGUACCGUGUAGUAUACAUAAU